AUGCAGCCCUCAGCGUCAUCUACUUCCCGUGUCCCUCCUGGGUUUGCACGGCCUUUAACAGUGGGGGAAGUGCCUUUAAUGGCACACAGCAGCCACAAUAAACCCUCAAAUGCUCCUCCGCAUGCAAAGAAUAAAUAUACAAUGUUGCUGCCAUCAAAGACAGACACGCAAGGGGUGAGGGGAUACCAUGGCCUGCGGUUCGUGAGGCUGCGGCGUCUUUACAGUAGACAGCAGCUGCAGCGGCUCGGCCUGCUGCUGUCUCUGGCAGUCGUAGGUCUGCUGCUGCUGCUAUGGCAGCAGGUCACCCUGCCGCUGCUGGAGCGGCUGCAGCAGCUGCGAGCCCUUGCCCCCUUUAUUCCUUCUGCUGCAGACUUGCAGCGCUGCGAUGAGCUACACCGCUCCCCCCGGGCGUACGCACAGGGGGAGUUGCUGGGGCUGAGCAGCGCAGGCCGACGGGAGCUGCUGCAAGAGGUAUGGGGAGCGGAAGGCAGAAAGGCAGAGCGCAUGCGGGGCUCUGCCGGUGCUCCUUUGAAUCUGCUGUCUGCAGCGCAGCACGACGGAAUAUUUGCUUUCUUCGAGAUGAUUACAAGGGCACUUGACCUUAAAGGCGUCUCCUGGGCCCUUGCUGGGAACAGUCUUGUAGGGUCUCUAGCAGAGCAUGACAUGCUAAGAGGAGACAGAUAUAUUGCCAUUACUGUCUCUAAGGAAGACAAGGGCCGAUUUGAGGAGCAAGCGUUAAACUCCCCUUUUGGUUUGAUCUCCCUAGACACCUCAACAGCAGCAGACGGCUUGCGUUUCCCUCCCUUGGCUAUUCGGGUAUAUUGGUAUAAGGAGGUAAGGGAUAGGUCUCCAGACGACCCCGAAGACUGGGAACCAUACGUAGAGAUAGGGAGCGGCAUGCCUGCUGCUGCAGCUAAUCAGAAGCUACCGCUAGAGGAAAUGCUGCCCUUCCAGGAGAGACCUUUUGGUCUUCUCUCUGUCCCUACGCCUAGGAAUCCUCUCUUCUACCUCAACAGAUUCUACAACACAGCAGACCCGCUUUGUGCGGCGCUGCAGCAGCAGGAAAAGGCUGCUGCAGUAGCAGCAACUGCUGCAGGAGAGAUGGCAGCCGCGGCGGAGAGCAGCGCAGCGAGCGGGCAGCUGUCGUUCUUGGCCUUUUCUUUGGGGCGAGCAGCUGCACGGCAGCUUACCAAAAACCUGCACCGUAGGCUCCACAGGCAAACUGGAGCAGCAGUACCAGAAGCAGCAGCAGCAGCAGUAAAUGCAGCAACGGCACUCUCAUCGUCUUUCCCCAUAGAAGCAGCGGAACACCAGCAGAAGUAUGUAUUGUAUACAAUAGCAUUAGUAUAUGUUAGCAGCGUGUUAACUGGUGGCAAAGCAGCUUCCCCGGGAGGCAAAAAUAAGCUGCAGCACAUGCGGUGGCGCAGACAGUUGAAGCAGCAGGCGCUACAGGAGCAGCGGUUUCUAGAUAAGAGUGAGGAUGAAGAGGGGCCCCCAGGGGGUCCCCCUCCCUCCCCUUUGAUGGGCUUGCCUCCUGGGAAGGAGGCUGCAGUGUUGCAGCUGCUGCAGGAGUUGCAAGCUGAACUCAAUACUCGAGUGUUGGGGGGCCUCUCGGUGUCCCCUGAAGGAGCGACGGGUACCCCCGACAAUGGGAGUCCUCGUUGCUCGAAGAGAGCAGUUCACAACAAAAGCGAGGAUGUCUGUUUCUGCAGCACAAAAGAGGAGGCCCUGCCGCUGCUCUCUCUUGAGCUGUCUUUACAGUCUGUUAGUGUAAAUGCUGAUGCUGCUGCUUGCUUCUCAUCAGCAGCAGUCCUCAGAGCUGCUGUUGGGGCAAACGACUGGUGCAGCAAUAGCUGCUGCACUAAUAGAAAAAGCAACGGCAGCAACAACAACAACUGCUUUUGCUCCUGCAACAGCUGUGUAGCUGACAGCAGCAACUUCACCCCAGCGACCCCUCCUGCUGCCCCUGACGAAAAUAGGUAUGUUGCCCAGUGCGUCACUAAAGCAGAAGCAGAAGCAACUGCAGUAGCAACAGUAGAAGAGGCUGCAACUGUAGCAGAAAAGCAAGAAACCGCACAAGCAGCAAGAACGGAACAGGCAAUUCCUUCGACAGCAGCAGCGACGCCCAAUGCAACAGCAGCCACAUUUCCAGCAGCGGCAGCAGCAGCAGGAAGAGCAGCGGCAGCAGCAACAGGAAUAACAGCACCAAAAGCAGUAAACAAACCACCAUCUGCAGAGCCUGCUUCAGCAGCAAAGGCAGCAGCAAAAUCGCCUUAUGAGGGAACAGCUACAGCAGAAGCGGCAGCCCCUGCGAAGGAAGCAGCAGUAGUGACACAACUCAUGGCAGAGUCAGCUGCAACAGCAACCACUGCACCAGGAGAAGGAACUGCAGCAAGAACAACUGAAGCAGACGCAGCUGCAGAAGAACGUGUUGUGGCAGGAGAUGCUGCAACGGCAGGGGCAGCGGCAAAAACAGGCUCUGCGGCAGCUGCUGAACGUGCAGCAGAAGCAGCUGCAGAGUGUUGGGAGUACGCAUGCAGCGCAGAAGAAGAGGGGGCAAUUGUCUGGCCGUAUGUGCCCAGUGGUCAGCAGCGGGUGUGGGGAGCCUCCAGGCAACGGUUUGCUGCUGCAGCCGAACACUAG